UGUAUCUGUGAGAACACACAUACGCAUAGACUCACGUAAACUUGUUUAAAAAGCGAAAACAAUUGUUAUCCGAAAGAAAGGUCACUUAUAUUAAUUUAUCAAGAAAAUAAAAAUUAGACAUAAAAUGUAGGUAGACGUUUACCUAAACAGUACAAUAAAUGUUGUCUAGUUAAGAAGUCGCAUAUUAAUGGUGUUUUGAAAAACCUAAACAAAAUGAAACAUCGUUGAAAUGGCGUUUAUAUUUAGAAAAUAUUAUUAUAAGUACACGAAGUGCUUAGUAAUAACUGUAUUAUUAGCAUUUUUUAUACACAUUUUUAUCGCCGUCAGUUUGUUUCCCUCUAUAAAUGAUAAUAUAUCCAUGAAUAAUGGUUAUGUAUCCAGUGCUCGACAGCUAGUGGGUGAAGUUUCCGCAAGAAAGAAUAAUAUUGGGUUUGGUGAUGAUGAAGACCUAUCUUCUAACAACAAAAAUCAUAACAAGCACUCGACAUAUCUUAGGGUUGAAGAACUGGAUUUUAAACCUCCUUGUGAAAUAAAAAGUAAAGAAGCCAUAUCUGCCAUUCAUCGUGCUAAGACACAAAAUUGCAAGCAACAAAUUGUGAAUAAGACAUGUCUUAUUCAAAGUGGAAGUUUCUAUCCUUAUGAAUUACCUAAUUCCUGUCGGCGUGGCCAAAUGACAUAUGGGAAACACCUAGGAUGUUAUGCUGAUCAGAAAAAAUUAAGGUUACUUACGGGUUUCUAUGGCAAUUAUGCCAACACUAAUUCACCAAGUACAUGUUUGGAUAUCUGCAUACAAGCUGGAUUUAUGUAUGCUGGAGUUCAAUAUGCCUCGGAAUGUUUCUGUGGGGAGAAUCUACCUCAAGCUUCUGCUGCUGUGGCUGAUCAUUUGUGUGACAUGAAAUGUCCAGGAAAUGCAACACAGCAUUGUGGAGGCUACUUUACUAUGAACAUAUAUGAAACUGGCUUAUCUAAAUUCACACCAAGAGUACCUGUAACUGCUAGCACUAAAAAUGAGCCCAUUCAAAUUGUGUUCCUAUUGACACUGAAUGGGCGUGCAUUGAGACAGGUUCACAGGCUAAUAAAUGUUUUAUAUAGAAGCAACCAUUAUUUUUACAUACAUGUUGAUAAGAGGCAAGAUUAUUUACACAGGAAACUAUCGCCUUUAGAGCAGUUACCUAAUGUAAAAUUAGCGACGACCAGAUUUUCCACAAUUUGGGGUGGUGCAUCAUUGCUCAAAAUGUUACUUGCAGCUAUGAAAGAUUUUAUGUCGCUGGGAUGGAAGUGGGAUUUUGUUAUCAAUUUAAGUGAAAGCGAUUUUCCCAUAAAAUCGUUGGAAGAAUUAGAAAACUUCUUAUCAGCAAAUAAAGGACUGAAUUUUGUGAAAUCACAUGGUCGAGAAGUUCAGAGGUUUAUUAAAAAACAGGGCCUCGACAAAACUUUUAUUGAAUGUGACACGCAUAUGUGGCGUGUUGGUGAAAGAAAGCUGCCCAGAGGUAUCAUAAUAGAUGGUGGAAGUGACUGGAUUGCUCUCUCUCCAGAAUUUGUAUCAUAUGUUGUUGGAAACCAAGAUCAACUGUUAACUGGAUUGGAUGUUAUAUUUCAACAUACGCUAUUACCGGCAGAGUCGUUUUUUCAUACAGUAUUACGAAAUUCAUAUUUCUGCGAUUCUUAUGUUGACAAUAAUUUGCAUGUAACUAACUGGAAAAGAAAAUUAGGGUGCAAAUGCCAAUAUAAACAUGUGGUCGAUUGGUGUGGGUGUUCGCCUAAUGAUUUUAGAACAGAAGACUGGCCUCGUAUACAAAACACUCAGGACAGACAAUUAUUUUUUGCUCGAAAGUUCGAACCUAUAAUAAAUCAAGAAAUAAUAAAUCGAGUUGAAGAAUACAUAGGUAUAAAAGAUCACUAUUUGAUUCCAAACUUGGAGGCAUAUUGGCAGAGUAUUUAUAAUGUAGAAGAUAUGACAGCUAAUACAGAUGACAUUCUGUUGACCCAUGCUGGUAGCAUUAUAAGACAUAAUGCUAGAAUUCUUCUAGAAGAAGGUUGUAAGAUCGAACCUGACUUAAUCAUUGAGAUAAAUUCUUAUAGUUAUGCAGAUGUUUAUAAAGGAAAUUUAAUAUUACAUAAAGCUAUUGUACAUGAUAACAUAGAAAUAUUAAUAGAGACUUGGUAUAAACCUAAAAAACAUAUAGAAUUAAAUUUUGAGAAUCCUUAUAUGGAUAUUAUCAAGAUAUUUAAAGUAAGUUCUGAUUAUGACCAGAAGGAAACCACAUUCAGAAACCUAGCUGGUAUUUUGGGUCCUCUAUCUGAACCAGUUUUAUUGUAUGAAUUUUCUGCUCAACUAGAUAAGAAAAGUGAAAAUUUAACUUUAAUUUGGUUAGAUCCCACUGGGGCGAUUGGAGACGUUAACAUGAUACAUGUAGACGAGAACAACUUAACAAAUUUUAUAAAACCGAACUUAAAAGCGCCCCUUUUACCGGGAAUCUGGAAAUUAGGUUUAUUUGAACAAAAUAGAAUAAUUGUAGCUACCAAGUUCCUUAUAUCACCCUUAGAAUAUUUUUCUGGCAAAGACUUGUCACAUCAAGAAUCUAGUAUAAUUCAUAGCGGAUCUCAAAAUUCCUACAAAGACUUUUCUAAUAUUAAACCAAAGAAUUUUCUUCCUGACUAUGAGCAGAGCAUAUUAUUACAGAAAAUUUCACAGUCAAAUAUUCAAAGAAUAGACCAAGAUUUAAGAGAAUGGAUAGAUGGACUGAGUUUAGAGUUUUACAAUGUAUUAGGUUCGUGUAUUACAGUCAAUAAUGAAAUCAAAGAUAAAUUACUAUGUGGUCGUCAUAAAUUUGAGAACUGCGUCACAACGCAGUGGAGUUCAUUAACACCUGACCCUAAAGGUACGAUAGGCAAAUUAAAUAAGAAAACUGGACAAAUAGAAAGAGUAUGACAAAAAAUGUUAUAUAGUUUUAUCAAGUUCUAUUGAUACCUACAUAUUAUACAAUGUUAUUUUUCAGUAUA